AUGUCUAUUCUCACAUUUGCAGCAUUUCUUCUAGUAGCAAUUGUCGAAACUACUCGUGGUUCAUGCAAAUAUAACGGAAUUCCAUGCGGAUCCACUGAUUCUUUCACGUGGUGUUGUCCAAAAGUGAAAACUUGUGGCAGCUCAUUUGGGACGUGUGUGAAUCGUCCAUUUCCUGCAUGGGUCAUCACUCUUAUAAUUAUCUCGAGUCCCAUAUUGAUCAUUAUUUGUUGUAUCAUUUGUACUAUCAUAAACACCAAGAAUUCACGUCGAGUAUCUAAUAUAUCAACGGAUGUUGAACCUUUUACAAUUACUCAGUCUCGAACAUUAUUUCGAGAUCGAUCCCCACCACCAUUUAUGGAAGAUUCGCCACCCAGCUAUGAGAUGGCAAUGGCUAGUAGUUUACAAAAGCCAAAUAUGCAACGUACUGAUAUACUCGAUGAAUCAAACAAUUCAUUUCAUUCACAUCAUAAUAAUCGAAAUGUUUGA